AGGCCACGUGUCGCGAGACCUGUCGAAGGCGCUGAACCCGUGGCUCGACGGCAUGAUGGAGAACAUCGCCAUCGAAGGCGUGCACCGCGCAGCCGUGCACCUGUCGGCGGCAGACGGCUGCGAGGCCCUGGAGCCGCUGAUGGAGGCGUACGCGCUGCAGCACUCCAGGAUCAAGGAGCUGCUCGACGCGACGGCCCGUGGCUGGUACCCGCAGAUCAAGAACUGGGGCGACUGGAGGACCCCGUACGACGCCGCGGCGGUGCCAGGCUUCGCGCUGGCGCUGACAAAGCAGUUCCAGCUGGACAACCGCACGGAGGACCACUCCGCCGCGCUCCUGGGCAACGUGGUGAACCUGUGCUACAGGGAGAUGAUCACCCUGGUGCAGGUCUCGCACGAGGUGAUGAUCGCGGCCACCCCGAUGCUGAAGCGGCUCGACUGCACGUGGAAGUCCGGGGCCAGCCGUGGCCUCCCCUCCGUGCUCUCCGCGGGCCUCGGCGUGCUCGCCCUCGCCGCCGCGCUCCUCCUGGGCUGAUGAGGGGCCUGGCGACCCGCGCGGCGCGCCAGACCCCGCCCCGCGCGCGCCGCGGGACCCCCGCGGGCGUUCCGGCGGCCUCCCGCAGCGUUCUUCGGGACGAUCAAAAUGGGUACGGAAA